CACCGCGCGCUCUUUCCCUCAGCUGCAGUGAUGGAAGAGGCGGCCAGCUCUGCGCCGCUCUGUGCGGCAGUGAACGGAGAGACAGACGCUGAGAAGAAGAAGAAGAGAAAGAAGAAGAAGAGCAAAACAGCCUCUGCAGGACAAGCUGAACUGGCCGAGGAAUGCGAAGUGGAUGUGAGGAAGCCACUGGAGCAGCAGAGCCUGGAGGAGAGAGAGAGGGAGGAGGAUGCAGAAGAAGAUGGAGAAGAGGGAGAGAACUCUGCUGGGAAGAAGAAGAAGAAAAAGGCCAAGAAAAAGAAAGGCCCUAAAACACAGACUGAUCCUCCGUCUAUGCCCAUCUGUGAGCUUUAUCCCAAUGGAGUGUUUCCUGUUGGACAGGAGUGUGAAUAUCCUCCCUCACAGGAUGGACGGAGUGCAGCGUGGCGGAUGAGCAGCGAGGAGAAGCGUGUUCUGGAUAAAGCCAGCGAAGAAGUGUGGAAUGAUUAUCGUCAGGCUGCUGAGGCUCAUCGGCAGGUGCGGCAGUAUGUCAGAAGCUGGAUCAAACCAGGCCUGAGCAUGAUCGAGAUCUGUGAGCGUUUGGAGGAAUCCAGUAGGAGGUUGAUUAAGGAAAACGGGCUGAAUGCAGGUUUGGCCUUCCCCACUGGCUGCUCUCUCAAUAACUGUGCUGCUCAUUACACCCCCAAUGCUGGAGACCCCACCGUGCUGCAGUACGACGACGUGUGCAAGAUCGACUUUGGCACACACAUCAAUGGGAGGAUUAUUGACUGUGCCUUCACCGUCACCUUUAACCCAAAGUAUGACCGUCUGCUGGAAGCUGUAAGAGACGCCACCAACACUGGAAUCAAGUGUGCAGGGAUAGACGUACGUCUCUGUGACAUUGGAGAAUCUAUACAGGAAGUGAUGGAGUCGUACGAGGUGGAGUUAGACGGGAAAACUUACCAAGUUAAACCAAUCCGCAAUCUGAAUGGCCACUCCAUUGGUCAGUACCGGAUACAUGCUGGCAAAACAGUGCCCAUUGUAAAGGGUGGUGAGGCCACUAGGAUGGAGGAGGGUGAGGCGUACGCUAUUGAGACGUUUGGCAGCACAGGGAAGGGAGUGGUACAUGAUGAUAUGGACUGUUCACAUUACAUGAAGAACUUUGACGUAGGACAUGUACCAAUCAGGCUGCCGAGAGCUAAGCACUUGUUGAAUGUGGUGAAUGAGAAUUUUGGUACGCUGGCGUUUUGCCGCCGCUGGCUGGACCGGCUCGGGGAGAGUAAGUACCUGAUGGCUCUGAAGAACCUGUGUGACUUGGGCAUCAUCGACCCCUACCCACCACUCUGCGACACCAAGGGCUCCUACACCGCACAGUAUGAACAUACCAUCCUACUCAGGCCCACCUGUAAAGAGGUAGUGAGUCGAGGAGACGACUACUGAGGCCCCCCAGGGGGUAUUUCACAUAGCAGGAUUUUUCAAUUAGCCAGAUUUCUUAAGCCAAAGGCAAGCCUGUUCAAGAAGAGAAGAGCUACGAGACAAUCCUAUGGACGGUGCUUGUUUAUGACUCAAGUUAUCCAGUUAAACUAAGAAAUGCUGCUUUGUGAAAUACCCCCAAGGUUUCCCACACACAAAUUGUGCUAUAAAACAAAAAGACAAAAAAAUUGAGAAUCACACUCCAAAUGAGCGUAUACAAUGCCUGUCAACAGUUUGGGGACACCUAGCCUUUAACCCCUUAAAUCCUAAGAGUCCAUAUGUAGGGCCCAUACAUUAUUUCCUUAUUUGCAUAACUGUAUAACUUGCAUAAUGGUUUCAUAGUAGUUAGAGAAUAAUGUAGAGUAGUUACUGAAUAAGAAGUCUGAAUAACAAGGGGUUCAAUUGUUUAAUUUGUUAGUUUGCAAUAACUUUACAUAUUAAAGACCACUCAGGUUUAUUUAGAGAAAACAUUUCAUGUGUAAAUAUUAGUAAUUAUGAUGGUUACCUUGGGAAUAGUCUGCCCAUGUUAUCCUCUUGUUGUGAUGUCAGCACUCAUUAGCACACCAACCUUUCAGGUGUUAAAACCAUAUUUGGGUUGAAUCUUUGUGCUUUUAACAAUAUUUUGGAAAAAAACUUUCAAGUUAUUAUUUGUGUAAAAUCUGCUCUUGAUACUGAGGAAGACACUUUGAUGAACAUUAAGCUGAACACUGAAGCUAAAAACACACAAAGGAUUAGCACAUAGUUAUAUUAGAUGUGUUAACCUAUAUUCACUUUUGCAUAUGACUUUAGCUGCUUUAUGGUAACAAAACAUUGGCAUUUUUUUCUUAUUGAUUGAAAUGUAAUAGCAAGAAAAUUAUAUUUUCAAAAAGAUGUAAAGUGUCCCCAAACUUUUACAGGUAGUGUACAGACGCAAAAAGAAAGAAAAAAAGAAAGUACAAACCAACUUAAAACCAGCUGGUUUCUCAGCAGAGAGCACUGGACCCUGCUGCACUGUUCCACAGUAUUGCUCCAUGCUCCUGCAAUUUUCUGCAUGAAAGCUGUUUGAACUCUUUAACUAUGCAGGAGGAUAGGCUAACUUCUCUAGCUGCUGUCCUGGGCCUGAUUUCUCCACAUAUGCUGUAGUGUGGGAAAUACUUUGAACACUCCUUUACAAAUAGGUUGAUCUUAAAGGAACAUUCCAGAGUUUUCAACUUAAGUUCUGACAAAAAAAGGAUGCAGUGGAACCUUCACACCAAGUCUGAUGCAUUUUUUUAACAUUCUGAGAACAUGGCGAAAGACUGUAGAGGUAGAAGAAAUAUAUUCUUCUAGUAGUAAUGAUCGCAACUGUAUAAUGAACAAUUCCAAAGGUAUUUUUGUAUGGCAGUGAGGGAAUUUGAGGCUCUGCUUCUGCUCAUAGCUCUUCUCAUUAAAAAGAAAAUUCAAAUUAAAAUUCAUUAAAUCUGUUGCUUGUCAUAUAAACAUUUGUGCUCUGCCACAAGCAAAAUGAGUUGUUAUGCUUCCAUCUUACCACACUUUGGUUUAAACUGCCUAAUUUUUAAAUAUCUGUAAAAUGCAGAAAAUCAA